ACACACACACACACACGCGCACACGCGCACACAUACACACGCAGGCAGAGUGGUACAGGCGUGUAGCCACACGUGCCAGCACAGCCACAAGCACGGGCACAACCACAAGCACCAAUGCUCCGUCGUAGCAUGAGCGCCGCCCUCCGGCGCGUGGACCAUGGCCGCGUCCUGCCGGGGCUGGCGGCUCGCGGACUCGCCUCCGCGGCCGGGCCGGGCCCGGCGCCCCCGGCCCCCGGCAGCAGCUCGACCGCCCCGAAGAAGAACCUCAUCAGCAUCAGCGAAUUUACCCCCCGGCGGAAUGUCCCCUCGCCCGGGGUGCGGAUCCCGCGGAUCUUCCUGCACAGCGCCGGCGGCCGGGCCCCCGGGAGUGCCCUGUCCGGCACUCUGAUCCCCGGGGCCAAGAUUGCCCUGGACGAGCGCAGUGCUCACCAGAUCACCCGGGUGCUGCGGUUCCGGCAAAAUGAACUGGUGGAUCUGUUCGACGGGGCGGACGGCUUCGACUACCGGGCACGUCUGCUGCCGAAGGAGGAGUUCCCCUCGGUGGAACUGGCCCGGCGCAUUGCCGAGAUGCCGUUCAUCGACGACACCGGCAAGGUCCAGCGGAAGAAAUUCCACACCCGCGUCCGGGCCCAGAAGGGCCGGCCGCGAGACACCUACGUCGAGGUGUUGAACCGGCGCCUCCCCCGGUCGCAGGAGAUCCCGACGCGCAUCCACGCGGCGCUGGUCCUCUCCCCGCGGCUGGACAAUGUGGAGCCCUUCAUCCAGCGCGCCGUGGAGAUGGGCGCCGCGUCCAUCAUUCCCCUGCUGCCACUGGCCGAGGGCAAGCGCCCGGACUGGGUGGACCCGGCGCAGCGGGAGCUCUUGACGCAGGAGCGCCUGCUGUCGUGGCGCCUGGCCGCGGCCAAGGCCGCCGAGGCGGCCGGCCGGUCGGUUGUCCCGCCGGUGGUCAUGUCCACCGGGCCGGACGGCCAGCACCUGAUGCCCUUCUUCUUCGGGGACUGGACGACGGCCGUGUCGCGGGCGGUGCGGAAUGCGCGCGCCAGCGCCGGCCCCGGCCCCGGCCCCGGGUCCGGCCCCCCGGGCCCGGCGCCCCAGCUGACGGCCAAGGUGUCCACCUGCAGUGCGGAUCUCCUGCGCCACCUGCCGGAUGUGGCCAACGCCCUGGAGGAGCAUGACCGGCAGUUCCGCUCGGACUCCGAGGAUGAGGCCGGCGGCCCGGGCAGGCUGGCGGUGCCGCAGCCGGCCGUCGUGCCGGCCGGCAUGACCUACGAAUCGGUGGCCAACCUCAGCGAGUACUACUACGAGGGGCUGGACUAUUCGGACCCCGGGACCUGGAUCCAAAGCCCCAAGGGCCCGGUCAAUCCGACCACCGCGCUGCCCAUCGGCGACUAUGACGACGCCAUUGCCCUGACGGAUGCCCACCGGUUCCUGGUCCGACAGGUGGACUGGCCAUUGCGGGACUCGCUGGCCCUGACCAGCCCCCCGGCCGGGGCCUGCCUGCUGUGCUACGACCCGCUGGACACCCAGGAGCAGCCGUCGCUGCUGCCGCUGCUGUCGGCCGGCCUCCGGGCAGGCGGCGACCUGGCCGAGGCCGGGGGGCGCCCGGGGCGCCGGGGCCGCGGCGCACCCGCCGGCCGUCGGCACGCCGGCGCCAGCCGCCUUGAGCAGGAGGCCCCCCCUGCCCAGGUGGACGAGUCGCGGCCGGGGGAGGCCCGCCGCGGCCGGGGCCGGCGUAGCCCUCCCCGCCCGGGGGGGGCCGCUGUGGCCGGGCACGAGUCGGCCCCCGAGUCCGACGUGGCGGAGGCCGCGCCCACCGAGGGGGCGAGUGGCCAGGCCCGGCGGGGCCGCGCGCGUCGCGCCGCCCCGGCGGCCGAGGUGCCCGGGUCUGACUUCGACAGUGGGCCGGACUCCGACGGGGAGCGGCCCCCCUCCGACCUGGGGCACGGCCACCACGAGGAGGAGGAGGAGGACAUUUCGUACGAUGCGCUGACCGGCGACACGGCCGGCGCGCUGGAUCUGGCCAGCGAGCAGGAGGUCCGCGAUGUGUUCUUCCUGCUCGGGGCUGACAUUGGCAUCUCGGCGGUCGAGCGGGCGCACCUGAACCGCCUGGCCACAGACCGCGACGCGUGCGUGCCCUGGGCCCGGGGGCACUUCGGCCCGCGGCUCCUCCGGCCGGAGAGCGCCCUCGGCACCCUGGCCACGCUGGCGCACUCCCUGGCCGGGAACUUCGACUGA